CACCAGUACAGUCCAGCCCAACCCAGCCCAGCCCGAAGUCCGACAAAGGUAUAGUAUAGGGAGAAAAGAGACUAGACUAUAGAGUCUAGACGACGGAGAAAAAGAGAGAACAUAAACAGACGGUACGGAUUCGCCCGGCACAUUUUUAAUACGGAGUAGUCGGUUAUGGCCAAAUCGGACGGAACGGCAGAUAACACGCCGGAAAAGGAGGCACGUUGGGGCACGUGGGAGGAGCUGCUGUUAGCAGGCGCCGUCAACCGCCAUGGCACCAAGAGUUGGGAAUCUGUCGCCGACGAGCUCCAGAAACGGAGCUCCGUUCCGACGAUGCUGCUAUCGCCUGAGAGCUGUAGACUUAAAUACCUUGACCUCAAGAGACGUUUCUCUUCUGGUGAAGUUAACGGUGUUGACGAUGAGUGUGGCGAACGAACCGAGACUGCCGUACCUUUGCUGGAGGAGUUGCGGAAGCUCCGAGUCGCUGAACUGAGACGCGAAGUUGAGCGCUAUGAUCUCUCUAUCGUGUCUCUGCAAUUGAAGGUGAAGACACUGACGGAAGAGAGAGAUCGGAGUCUGCGAGAGGAUGAGAAAUCAGAUCCGGCGAUGAGUGAGAAUCAGGAAAUCCGUUGUGUGGAGAAAAAUGAAGGCGGCGUUGAGAUUACCCCGGAAUCGGACGCCGGAGAACCAGUAACCGGCGAUAAGGACCAACAGUCCAUGAAUGAAUCGAAUUCCACGGAUCAGAAAGACGCAAAUGCACGAACCGGUACAAAAGACGACGGGAAACACUUGGAAGCUAUACAAACCGGAAACGUAGAAGACGAACCGGAUAAAGUAAAAGAGGGAAAACCGGGUCGAGAGGAUUCAUGUAACUGUAGCUCUAACAGCGUGGAAAAGGAACCGGUUCAUGAGGUAGUGAAAACAGAACCGGUAACCGACUCGACUGAGUUAUUGGAAUCGGUAGCCGAGUCUAAGGGUAAUGAGGAGGAGGGUACGAAAGAGAACUCUGAUGUGCAGAGCUCGGCGAGUAAAUCGAGGAAGACAGGGGAUGCUGAUAGGGCGAAUCGGCGGAGUAGCAGCCGUGAUGAGCGUGCAAACACGAACGAAUCUCCAGCCGUAAAAGAAAUGCCCGUCGAAUUUCAACCGUUGAUCAAUUUUCUCGAAAAGAUUGAAAGCAACAAGCACUACUCUUUAUUCAUGCGUCGGCUUGAGAGCCAGGAAACAGAAGAUUACAAGCUUUUAAUUAGACAACAUAUUGAUCUUGAAAUGGUUCGAGCAUGGGUUGAAGAAGGCAGAUAUCUAGUUUGCAAAGUAAAAUUCUUUCGCGAUUUACUUCUUCUUGCAAACAAUGCCAUCAUCUUCUUCAGGAAGAACACAUCAGAGUUCCUCGCAGCAAUGGAGCUUCGGCAGCUUGUCUCCAAUGAGUUGCCAAGAGCCAAGUUGUAUUCCUCAUCCGUGAAGCAGAAGUCUAUUAAACUUGUAUCAUUGACGAAGGAAGAAAAUUCUAAGCCCGCUGACUCUCUGCUUCUGAAGACAAAACAAUCGGGGUCGUUGGUUGUUUGCCGUAAACGCAGUUCUAUCACUCCAAAAUCAUCAGGAUCUUCUUCUGGAGUUGAUAAAAGGAGGGAACAAAUAGCAAGAAGACCUGAUCAUAACCCAGUUACAAACUCAAAACAGCAGCCUUCCCAAACGGUCACCAAUUCUGGGGAAAAUAGAAUCACAAAGAAGAGAACACGCGAUAGAUUCAGUUCAGCUUCCACAACCUCAAGGAGAAAUGAAAAGAAUUCCAGUACCACCAUCCCUACCAAAAAUUCAGCUCCAGUUGUAGAGAAACCCCAAGGAAAGCGAGAGCGAGAUCCUUCUCCCCAGAAUCACCAGUCUAAAAACGAGAAUACUAAUGACAAAUCUAGCACGGACUUGAAGAAACGAAGUGCAGCAAAUUUCUUGAAUCGAAUGAAACAAGGCUCUUCCUCAAACAGUGGAUCACUCCUGGAUGCAUUAAAGAGCACCCCACUAAGUGGUGAUAGCAAAGGAGGAGGAUACGAGAAGAAGAGAAACGAAACUGGAAGAAAAGAGGCAGUGUCUUCAAAACCUCCUGAAGCAACACAGCAGACUAAGGAAAAGGGAAAGAGCAGUGGAAGAAAAGAGGCUGUGUCUUCAAAACCUCCUCCUGAAGCAACACAGCAGACUAAGGAAAAGGGCAGCCUGUCAAAGAAGAGCUCUGGUCGGCCCCCAAAGAGAGGUGCUGCUCCAUCUCCUCAGUCAAGUAAACGAAAUCUGGACGUAGAUCACUCUGAGUCAUUGGCUUCAAAACAACCAAAGAAGAGAGCAAGGAGGUGAUAUUCGGCAAAGGUAUUUUGCUAUGUUGAGUAUUUAGUUGUUUUUCUUCCUUAUCUUUAGUUAGGCUUAACUUUAAAAAAAAAAUGAAGGGUUCAAAAAAGCAGAAAUUCAGGAAAAGGUUGAUAUAUACUGUUGGAUAAGUAUUUUCUUCUAUUAACCAAAGCUAUGAAAAUUGGCAGCACUAUUAUUUUUGUCCA